AGACAAAGAAACACCAGUUAAACAAAAUAUUUUACUGUAAUGUUCACGGAAUCUAUAAUUUCUUAUAAACAAGUCGCUAAAAUGUCUCUACUUACUGCUUGAACUGUGUAAACUACAUGUUGCUAGGAGACAGGGUCGUUUGUUUUCGGCUGGCGGAUUGAUGCGUUAAUUAGCGCACCUAGCCGCCACAGGUGUGCGUUUGUUUGGUCUACAACCGUCUCCAAUGUGACCCAGCCAAUCAGAGGAGAGGACGGGCAUAACACCGGAACUACCGCGCGGAGCCUUUACUUGAGCCCAAAAGCACAAUGGCGACCGUAACCUCCAGCAGACCGUACCACAUUAUCGUCUUCGGUGCCUCGGGGUUCACCGGGCAGUUCGUGGUGGAGGAGGUGGCCCGGUGCGCGGCAGAGGGUCCCGGCGGCUGUCUGAAAUGGGCUGUGGCCGGGAGGAGCAGACCGCGCCUGGAGGACGUGCUGAGCCAAGCCGCCCAGAGGCUGUCGAUGCCAGAGUUGAGAACAGACAUUGAAAUCAUUGUCGCCGAUGUGUCCAUAGAGGAAUCAUUGGCCAUGAUGUGCCAACAAGGCCUGGUAGUUCUCAACUGUGUGGGACCAUACAGAUUUUAUGGUGAGCCAGUGGUCAAAGCUUGCAUAGAAAAUGGAGCGCACUGCAUUGACAUCUGUGGGGAGCCUCAGUUCCUGGAGCGCAUGCAGCUAGAGUACCACAGUAAGGCCAUGGAUAAGGGAGUGUAUGUGAUUGGCAGCUGUGGCUUUGACUCCAUACCAGCUGAUAUGGGCAUUCUCUACACACAAAAGCAGUUCAAAGGAACGCUGACGGCAGUGGAGAGCUUCCUGACUAUUUCCACUGGACCUGAGGGGGGCUCUGGCCACGAUGCCACCUGGCAGUCUGCUGUCUACGGCUUUGCAGACAGCAAGUCUCUUCGCCAGCUGAGGAAGAAGUUUGGCCACAAGCCGCUGCCUGUAGUGGGAGCCAGAGUCAAAAAGAGGGGUUCUGUAUUUUUCAGCAAGGAGAUUGAGCAGUAUGCAAUCCCCUUUGUGGGAUCCGACCCCUCUGUAGUCAGGAGAACCCAGCGUUUCCUUUAUGAGGAGGAACACCAGUCACCAGUGCUAUACAGUGCCUAUGUUGGGGUCGGUGGCCUUUUCUCAGUAGUCAAGCUGUUGUGUGGCGGCCUGCUCUUCUGGUUCAUGGUCAAAUUCAGCCUGGGCAGGAAACUCCUCACCAUGUUUCCGUCUCUCUUCUCAUUUGGCUUGUUCACCAAGUCUGGUCCAACCAUGAAGCAGAUAGAGGACACCUGCUUCAGCAUCAUGUUUUUUGGGGAGGGAUACUCGGAGGGGAAAGAUCCUUCACAGGGCCAGCCCAACGCCAAGAUCUGCACUCAGGUCAUGGGAGCAGAGCCUGGUUAUGUAGCCACACCAGCCACUAUGGUCCAGGCAGCCAUCACCUUGCUGCAUGAACUCCAUUCUCUCCCCAGAAGGGGAGGAGUAUACACUCCAGGUGCUGCCUUCUCUAAAACCAGCCUCAUUGACCGCCUCAACAACCACGGAGUCAAGUUCUUGGUCAGAAGCUACCCGUAGGCCUUCAAUAUUAACCAACAUUACAAUGCUUCAAGUUGACGACCCGGACACUUGGUACUCUCUGUCAGUCGAUCAAAGCUUCCUCAGACCAGUCAGCUUUUCCUGUCAGCUUUUCAUAAGUGUAAUUAUACAGACUAAUUUGACACUCGUGCAUAUGUGAAAAUAAGCAGUGUUAUGGGUUUCUUGGACUAUUUGAGCUUCACGUUUGUUAAACGUAUUAAUCUUACACAACAUACAAAUUAAGAUGUAAACUAAAUUAAAAACUAAUUCUGAAUUUCAGAAGUUUCCAUGAAGCAAUAGCACAGUGAAAAAAAAAAUUACAACUGGCUGGCAAUGAGCCACUACAGUACAUUCUAGUCACUGUGUAUAACAAUUUAAAUAUUGCCUUCAAUCAAAAAUAAGUUGAUCCGUGUUGAAACAUUAUCUAGCUGUUUUUACUUACUGUUAAAAAUCUGUUGUUCUUGUGUUUAGUGUCAUAAAUCUGCACUGAACCUUCUAGCUCAUUAUUCACUGAAAAGUGUGUGUGUGUGUGUGUGUGUGUGUGUGUGUGUGUGUGUGUGUGUGAGAGAGAGAGAGAGAGAGGGACACAUUCCCUUCCAUAUAAUGCUCUUGUGGUUUUAUGUCACAUGGUUUUGAAUCAGAUUAAGUGAUAUUACCUUAAAGUACUCUCAGUCUUUGUUCUUUAUGAGUAGGUUUAAAUUCACAAAAGAAUAAAACCUAAUUUAUUGUUUA